UUAAUGAAAUUCAUAGCUUUUGCAAUUCUCACUCUGGUGGUCUAUAUCAAUGACCUCAAUCUUCAGUCUUGAGUCAUAACUUCAGUAUAUAUAUGCUAGACCCCGCUUACAGAAGACUUCAGUUAUACCAACUUCAUUAAAUUUAUAAUGAUGAAACCUUUUACUGCUCUUCCUAGUCCAGCUGGAUCCUUGCCAAUAAUUGGACACUUGAGAUUGUUAAAAGAUGUCACUUCAUUCAGCAAAUUUGUUACCAAGCACAUACAAAACCUAGGACCAAUCUUCAAAAUGAAUUUCAUUGGCCAAUCUAUGGUCUAUGUAGCUGAUCCAUCAGCAGUGGAGAAAGUUUUUCGAAAUGAAGGACACUAUCCUACUAGGUCUCUUAUUGAUAAAAAUGUAGACUGGAUCAUGCAAAGGAGAAAUGAACCCAGCCUAUUUAUUUUUCAGACUGGGAAGGAGUGGCUCACUAAUCGUUCUAAGGCUACCAAGCAGGCAUUACCUGCUAAUGUGUUUAGCUAUUGCUCUGGGUUUAAUAAAGUUGCCAAACAAUUUAUAAGAAAUGUACAUGAAAUUCAGAAUAAAGAUGGUACUGUCAAUGAUAUAAGAGAUCUUGUCAGAUAUUGGUCACUUGAAGCUGGUGCCCAUUUUACAUUUGGAGUUAACCUUGACAGCCAAUGUGAUGAAGAUGGUCAUGCAAAAGAGCUACAAAAUGCAACUGGUGCUGUAAUAGAUUCUCUUUAUGAGCUUCAAACUGCAUUUCCAUUGUACAAAAUAGUUGCCACAUCAUCGUACAAGCAGUUUAAUAGAGGGCUAGACAAAGUUUAUGAAAUUGGUCGAAAAUAUGCUGAUAAGUAUAUAUCAGAUAUAAAAACAAGAGCUGCAUUGAAAAAAGAAAGAGUGCAUGGAACAAGUCUCAUUGAGCAAUGGCUCAUUGAAGGCAACAUGUCUCAAGAUGAAGCUAUUGGCAAUGCUAUUAGUAUGCUUGCAGCUGGCCUAGACACUACCGCUGCCACUGUUUCAUUUAUUCUUUAUGAGCUUGCUAAGCAUCCUGAGGUUCAAGAGAAAGUGUACCAACAGAUGCAAUCUGUAAUGGAUGAUGAUGAAGAUAUUGAUGGAAGCUCUCUUCAUAAGCUGCCUUAUUUAGGACUCAUCAUUAAGGAAGCACAAAGGUUAUACUCAGUCACAAACUUUCCAACAAGAUUACUUGAUCAUGACAUAGAGCUACUGGGAUAUCAUAUCCCAGCUAAAGUACCAAUACUGGGAGUAAUGGAAGCAAUGAGUCAAGAUCCAAUGCUUUUCAAAGAUCCACAAAAGUUCAAUCCUGAUCGUUGGACAACUGACGAUAUACAUCCUUUUAUUGUGCUGCCAUUUGGAUUUGGAGCUAAAGGCUGCUGGGGACGAAGAUUUGCUGAAGUGGAGAUAAAAAUUCUACUAUGCCAACUUGUUCGUCACUUUGAAAUGAAGUCCAAUUUUCCCAGUGAUAGGUUGCCAUAUGACGGUAUAAUUCUGUCUAGACCUAGUGUGCCCAUUAAAGUCAACUUUACUCCUCGAAAAACUUUUUAGUAACAUUUUUAUUAUUUUUGAAUUAGUAGAAUGUAGUUUUGCUUGAUUCAUGGUUGUUUUUAAUUAAAAAGA